AUGACAAGUGUAUCGUUUAGAGUCAAUCCGGAAUAUGCACGAUUCGACGAGAUCGUACCCGGCCUUUUCAUAUGUGGAGUCACUGAGUUGAAUGCUGAAAAUAUGCGCAAACAUAAGAUCACGCAUAUUAUCAACGCUACCAAUGAGGUACCAAAUCUGAAAUCAUUGGGUAACAUCCAGCGUUGUAAAUUGUGGUUAGAAGACACACCACAAGCAUAUAUUUAUCCACAUUUGGAACUGCAAAGUGAUCAAAUCCAAGCGCUGCUAACAGACGGUGGUUGUGUUCUGGUACAUUGUGUUGCUGGAGUUUCUCGAUCUGCAUCCAUCUGUCUUGCGUACUUGACAAAAUACAGGUGUCGUUCACUACGUGAUGCCUAUCACUGGAUGGCAAAGAAGCGACCAAUGGUCAGACCAAAUAUCGGCUUUUGGAGACAACUGAUAGCCUUUGAACAGGAAGUGAAAAAGUCACCAGGAUCAGUGAGGUUGAUCAGAGAUGAAUCACAAAAAGAUAAAUUAUUGCCGGACGUCUAUUUAAAGUUGGUGAUUCCGGAACGUCAGAAGAGUACUGAUGAACGAAAAGAUCAUGCAUUGGAUGGGAGUAAACGUCAAUCGCGUUCACCAGCGAAACGAAAUAGUUUCCAACCAAUCUUAGAGCCAUUACCUGAAUUAGUUGAAGCACAUGCUUAA